CCACAGUGUGAAAGAGGGAAACAAAAGCAAGUGGAGGUGUUCGUAUUCUGCCUCACUCUCAAUUUAUAAAUUCAGAUUUCGAUUUUGAUUUCUUGGAGUCUUUGAGAAGAAGCAAUCUUUAAUCAUCAUCAGAAUCUCCUCCAAGUCUCGAGGCGGUUAUAUUCUUGUUCGCAAUGGAGAAAGCUUCAUCACCGCCUUAUUCUUCCUCUUCUUCACGGAGGUCUGCUAAUCUGGAAGCUCUUACACAGGAGAUUAAGAAGGAGCUUACUCGGGCGGUAGUAUCACCAGCACAAACACGCAACUUGUUUGCUGAUAUGCUAGCUCUCGAAGUCGACCAACGUGCCAAAGAUGUGAUUCUUAGCAAAGAAGAGGAUGAUGUGAUUUCUGAUGAAGGAGAUCGCUGUUUCUUCGACGUGCUUGCUGAUUAUUAUGUCAAAGUCUCGGAGAGAGGGAAGGAUACACUUGAUUUGAUGGUUCAGCUUUGGAGCCAGUCCUUUGCAUCACACAUAUUCUCCCUUCUCUUCUCUGUAAUGUUUUUUUUUAUUCAGUCCCAAAGGCUUUAAUGUGUAAUUCAUCAUACCUCACCCGGAGGUCCAAUGUACCCGACGAGAGCUGUCCGUCAUGCAGCCUGGGAUGCCUUGGAUUCCCUCUUUCCCGUUGGGCGUUACCCUAGGAAUCUCAUCAGUCUAUUUUUGAGGCUGCUGUAUCCGUGGUACUGGCCAUCCUCAUGCUGGAACUUUGUGGUUUCUUGCAUUAAAGCGGUACUCUAUUCCAUUGUAAGGCUAUCUUUUCACGGCGAGAAAAGCCAAGACAGAGCUGAAUAGCUUUUACAUAUGAUGAAGCCUCCUGCAAUAUCCCAAUCCUUGUGUAUAGAAUUUGGUUUUGGUCACAAUGAGGCCGCACAGCAAGAGAACUUUACCUACGCAUGUGUUGCUUUCUAUGGAGAACAUAAAUUCCGCUUUGAGGAAGAUCCCACAGAAUAGCUUUUUGACGUGUUUUGUUGUCAUUGUUGAGAUGUUAUUUUGCUGUAGAGGAUGAUGUAUUUUGACAAGAACCCUUUUAAUGUAUUGUAACAAAACCUAACUUGUGUUAUGCUCAUGAAGAUGAAACCUGUGUUUUCCUUCCUCUGCAAUGUAUAUUCAGUUCAUUGGCUGAAGAGGAGAGUGUAAUUGUUGUUAUGAUCUUUAAUUUGCAUUCUCCUGUCUCUCUCUCUUAGUGAAUCAUAUCGUCUUUACUUAUUAU